AUGAAAUUAUCAACUGUCUUCACUGUCUUCGCCUUGGUGUUGACUGCUCAGGGUUGCGAUACAUACAAAUACUGUGCUUGUACCGACGAAAAUGGGAACACCGAUGACCUAACGACCUCUUCUGUAUGUUCCGACACGCUUAUUAACGACCAAGGAUACUACGAGUGCAACAAAUACCAAAACUAUGUUUGGGUCGUCGAAGGCAUCGAUAACUGCAGUUUCAGAAAGGCGUGCCAAGCUAAGGGCGCAAAAGGAGACUCUAAAUGCCGAGCGAAGGUCGGCAUUUUUAAAUUCAAGGCGUAA